CCAGAGACCCUCUUCGGGACAACGGCCCUCUGAGAGAGGGGGCCUGUCGGAGGCUUGAUCUGGACGUUACUCUGGCUACUUCUACCCCUUCUUCAGGUCCCUCCAGCAGCCAGGCCAGGGGAGGGUCUCUCCCAUCUCUUCUGUCGGUUCCCAUGGAGCAGGGAGCCGGUGGGGAUGACAGGGGCAGGGUAGUAGGGGACGGUCGGGACUACGGGGAGCUCCGAGAAGGCAUCCGGGCAGCCAGUAAGGAGGUUCCGGUAGGAGGAAGCCAGCAGCAGGAGGAGGAGGAGAAGCAGGUGGAGGACGAAGAGGAACCAGAUGUGUAUUACUUUGAGUCGGACCACCUGGUGCUCAAACACAACAAAGAUUACCAGAGGUUACUCCAGACUGUAGGUGUGUUGGAGGCCCAGAGAACUCAGAGUAUACUGGACUUGGAGCGUCUGGCCAGACAGCAGAGAGAAGCUCUCCAAGACCCCGUCAGCUUUGUGGAGCAGCUGCAGAAACAGGUGGAACUGGGCAUGCCGCGGCCCCAGAGAGUGGUUCAGCUGCCAGACAUCUCAUGGGACCAGUACACGUCAGGACUGGGAGACUUCGAGAGGGAGUUCUGUGACAAGAAACGCAAAACCAGGAGGCUCAAACUCAUAUUCGAUAAGGUCAGGUUACCAGACCGACCAAUCAGCCCCUUGGAUCCCAAGGACAAGGAGGGUGAAUCGUCGACCCUGUACUCUGCUCUGCCCUCUAGUGAUGCUCUGGAGAACAGCAGCAACUCACAGAUGAUCCGAGGGCGGCUGUGUCACCAGAGUAAACCUGACACCUUCAACCAGCUGUGGACCGUGGAAGAACAGAAGAAGCUGGAGCAUCUCCUACUGCAGUUUCCUCCUGAGGAGGUGGAGUCUAAACGCUGGCAGAAGAUAGCUGACGCCCUGGGCAACAGGACCGCUAAACAGGUGGCCAGCCGCGUACAGAAGUACUUCAUCAAACUGACUAAAGCAGGAAUCCCUGUUCCUGGGAGGACCCCCAACAUGUGCAUGUACAGCAAGAAGGUGUCCAAUAAGAGGCAGCACCACCUGAACAGGCACCUGUACCGACCGUCUACCUUCCUGACCUCAUAUGAGCCUCCCGUCUUUAUGGAAGAAGAGGAUGAGAGAGCGGCCUACUACAGCUCCCUGCAGGACCCCGACGACACGGAUGAGGAGGGUGUACCUGUGGAGUUGAGACACCUGCCGGAGUACAAGGAGCUUCUGGAGCUGAAGAGAAUGAAGAAACACAAACUGCAGGAGAUCCAGGCUGAGAGUAGCAUGGCCCUGCACCAUGGAUACAAGUGUGACGUGUGUGGUGUAGAGCCUAUCCAGGGCGUGCGGUGGCAUUGUCAAGACUGUCCCUCAGACAACGCUGUGGACUUCUGUUCCAACUGCUCCGACUGCCUGUACAAGACUGAGAGCCACACGCCAGACCACCAUCUGGAGCCUGUCCAUCACCAUGAGACCUUCCUAGACAGGGACUACUGUCUGGCUCAGACCCCUGGAUAUAACUACCUGGACCCCAACUACUAUCCUGCUAACAGAUGACGGGGGCCACAGACUGGCCCCUGAACUCCAGCCUAUGCCUCAGCCCAGGGGCCAUAGUUUUAGUUACACACGAAGGGUCCCUAGCAUCCAGGUCCCAGGGGCCACAGUCACCCAGCCUCAGCCCACACAGCUAGCCUCAGUCAGCUAGGCUACGACAGCUAGCCUCAGCUAGCAUCCAGAUCCCAGAGUUCACAGUUUCAGCUACACCCCAGCGGCCCCUAGCCCCAGACUCAUCCUACAGCAGAAACCAACUGGUAGUGUGUGGCUCAUGGCGCCAUGGCUCAUGGCUCUGUCUCUCAGACCCACAUCUAGACGGUUCUCACACCAGCUACUCUGCUCACCCCGCCCUGCUAGCCCAGCAGACUGGCAGGAAUCCCAUUGGUGGUGGUGGUGGUGGUGGUGGUGGGGGGAGGUGAAACUGGCUGCCCCGCAGACUCCAUUUUGGCUCUAAGAAGAGGUCUGGGACACACUCGCUUCUCUGACCGGUUACCAUAACAACCAACAAACUGAACAGAACAGUCUCUGAAAAAUAUACGAAAAAAUAACACUAUUAAAAAAAAAACUAUAUGAAAAAGGCACACCGACAUUCCUGACCGCCAAGAAAGACUCAAGGAGGACCAUCCUUUUCCUCCUCCUCCUCCUCCUUUCCCCCAUACCUCUGUGUGCUGCUUGUUAACCUGGGGUGUGUUGAUGGUAGUCUGGGGGUCUGGUUGAUGAGUGAAUAUGUUCCUCGAUAGAUAUUUGUCAUUGAGUAUUUCUGGUGAAUCAAGCCUCUUCUGUUGUGAACUGGAGGCGGGGUUGAGAAAGGAGCUUGAUGCUGAUGAGAGGCGUGUCUGUCAUUCCUACUAGGUUUUAAACCAAUCAGAAGACAGGCAUUUUCUGAUGUAACCCACACAGCGGGUGUUGUCAGAUGAAGCCAUGGUAACGGACCCCUGACACACCUCCGCCUCACGUUUCCAUAGAGAUAAUGUCAGCCAGCAGCUAGUCACCUCUCUCUCUCCUCUCUUCUAUCUUCUCUUCCCUCUCUCUCUUCUCUUCUCCCUCACCUCUCUUCUCUCUCUCUCUCUCUCUCUCUCUCUCUCUCUCUCUCUCUCUCUCUCUCUCUUC